AUGAAAAUUAUAGAUAAAAUAAAAAUUUUAUAUAGAAAGUUUAUAAAAGAGAAGAUAAAGAGUUCAGAAGAAGAGAUAAAUUUUGAUAAAUUAGUAAAUGAUAAUGUGGAACAGCUAAAAAUUGAAGAUAAAGAAGAGAAAGAAAAAAUAAAAAGAAAAUGGAGAGAUAUUUUGAUAAAAAAUUCAGAAAAAUAUGGAAAAUUUUCUAAAGGGAAUAAAGUAAAAAUUUAUAAUGAUGGGUUGUCAGCAUAUAGUGAUAUAUUGAAAUCAAUUAAUAAAAGUAAAAAAAGAGUAUGGUUAGAAGCAUAUAUAUUUGAUGAUUCUAAAUUAGCAGAAGUAAUUGUUAAUAAUUUAUGUGAAGCAUCAAAACGGGGAUGUGAUGUAAUUUUAUUAAUAGAUUAUAUUGGAAGUUUAAAAAUGAAAAGUAAAUGGGUAAAUCAGCUUAAAGAAAAUAAUGUGAAUGUUAUCUUUUUUAACACCUUUUUAAAUUCAUUUUUAAAUAUGUUACCAAUAUUUUUUCGAGAUCACAGAAAAAUAAUCAUAGUAGAUAACUGUGCUUACUGUGGUUCAAUGAAUGUAUCAGAAAAUGUAAUUCCAAAUGAAAAUUUUGAUGAAAAAGAUAACAAAAAAAAAAGUAAAUGUUUAGAAUAUUAUGAUUUGCAUAUAAAAAUUAAAGGACCUUCUGUAAAAGAUUUGGCAGAUGUAUUUAUAGAUUCAUUAAAAAUGACAAAAAGCUCUAUUAUUAGACAUCCAAUAGAAAAACAGAAAAUGUAUUUAGAUGACAAUUCAUGUUUUAUACAAAUAUUAGAAUCUAAUGUUCUUAGAAAAGUUAAAUCUAUUCAAUCAACCUUUGAUUAUAUUAUAAAAAAUGCAGCAAAUAAUAUUUAUAUUACAACUAGCUAUUUUUUGCCUCCUGGAUUUUUAAGGAGAGCUUUAUUUUCUGCUUUAUCAAAUGGUGUUAAUAUUUCUUUUCUUUUUUCAGGAAAUUCAGAUAUAUUUGGUGAUGUACCAGCUACUUAUUAUAUAAUGAAAAAAUUUUUAAAAAAAUAUCAUAAAAAUAAUUCAACUCAUGAAUAUAAUAAAAUUUUUAUAAAUUAUUUAAAUUUACGUAAAAAUUUAUAUUAUAAAAAUUUUUUAAGAAAUUUAAAAAAUAUAAAUCAAAAGAAAAAAAGAAAAAAUAAAGGUGUUAAUAAAUUUUAUUUUUUUCAAAAAAAACACUGUCAUGCUAAAAAUUUAGUUGUAGACAAUUUAUGGUGUGCUAUUGGUUCAUUUAAUUGGGAUAGAUUUUCAUCAAGAAGAAAUUUAGAGGUUAUGGUAUCAAUUUUUGAUAAAAAAGUAUGUGAUAAAUUUAUAAAAGAACAUCAAAACAAAAUAAAAGAUGAUUCUAUUGAAAUUACUUUACCUCAUAUAACCAACAGAAAUGUUUUUCAAAUUUUUAUGAGUUAUUGUGCUUAUCAUCUUGGAAAAUUGUCAGGAAGAAAUUUAUUUGAUGGAUUAUCUAAUAAUAGCAAAAAAACGAUUCUAAGAAAAGCCAUAAUAAAUAAAUAUUUAAAUGAUAAUUGCAUUCAAAAUAUUUCCUUAAAUAUGAUGUGGGGAGUUUAG